AUGAACAUGAAGCCGAAGUCUGACACGGACACCGCUGUCCAUCAGAUGCAGCAACUUUGGCAGAGCGUACUGGCCACAGAGCAGCCUAUCAGCCCAGAUGACAAUUUCUUCGAACUUGGCGGCACCUGGAGUGCUGCGGUUCUGGCGUCGAUGAAAGCAGCAGACAAAGGGCUGUCCUUCGGGGCCGAGGACGUGUAUGAACACCCACGUCUCUGCGAUCUUGUGAAAAGCUGCCGUGUUGGAGCGAAGCCCGUGGCCUCCGCCACCGACUGGUCCGAUGAGGACCCAGCAUCAUCUUUCCCUGCCGGCCCGUCGCCCUCAGGAGAAGCAAUUUGGCAAACCUACGAUGCUGAGCCGCAGCUGUUUUGGCACCCCACUGGCCGGCGUAAAGCACCGCCUAACCUCGUCCGCGCAGCAUGGGCGCUACUGCUAGGUAAGUAUCAGGAUGCGGUCAAGGUUGCGUUUGGGACUGCAUCUUCAGAAGCGCCCAUGUCACCUGUUGUUUGCGCAUGGGACUAUGAUGAUAAAACUGAGGCGUUCCUGGACCACGUACAGCAACUGAGCAAGAAUGCAAGCGAGUCAACCACCACCGACCAGAACGUCCGUUGCGGAGUGCGAAUUACUACAGUCCUGGAUGCGUCCGAAUUUGACGAUACGUGUCGAAAGAUCCGCGCGAGUUCGCCGUUGCUGGCACUGGAUAUUCAUUGCCUAUUGUCCGCGGACCGCGUCUCUCUUAUCGGCGGCUCUUAUACUUCAGUUCUUUCUGCCUCUUCCUUGCGUCGAGUGCUUGACCAAAUCCAGCAUGUUGUCCAGCAGAUGGCUGCCUGUCGAUCUGACGAUACUCUGCGCAAUCUGCAGUAUGUCAGCCCAAGCGACCGUCAACAGUUGCUGGAAUGGAACAAAGAAGUGCCAUUGGAGGUAACCGCAUGUAUUCACGAAGAGUUUGACUCUUCGGUCCGGCAAUGGCCGGAUGCCGUAGCUGUCGAUGCGUGGGAUGGCACCUUCAACUACCUUGAGCUUGACAUUUUCUCUUCUCGGCUUGCUGCAGUUUUAGCCGGGCGAGGCAUCACUCGAGAGAUCGUCGUCGGUAUUUGUUAUCAGAAGUCAAAGUGGGCCGUGGUCUGUAUGCUGGCAAUCCUCAAGGCUGGUGGCGUUUGUCUAUUCCUCGACCCUGAAGCGCCGCGUGUGCGACGAGAAUCGAUGCUUCGCGAUGCGAACGUGAAGCUGCUUCUGACAUCGCCAAUCAGCCUAGAGGACGUUGGAGACAGGGUCCCAUGCUUGGCAGUUUCCCAUCCCUUCUUCGACAAAAUCGAUCUGUCGUUAGCGCCUCGCCCAGCCGUAGUAAGCAGUCCCUCAGAUGCUGCCUUUAUUUGCUUCAGUUCUGGCAGCACAGGCAUGCCCAAAGCCAGUGUUACUGAACAUGGCUCUGUAUGCACACUGGCCAAGCAUCGUGGACAGCUAACCUCGCAUGGGCGCGGGACACGGCUGUUCCAGUACACCUCAUAUACCUUCGAUGUCGCAUUUUGUGAUAUGGUGACGACAUUGCUGCAUGGAGGGUGUCUCUGCAUUGCCUCAGAUGAGGAACGCAUGAACAAUCUUGUGCAGGCUAUUCGUCUCUUUGAUGCCAACCUCAUGUACCUCACACCCUCCGUCCUGGAAAUGUUGACGCCAGAGAGUUUGCCAGGAUUGAGCAAUUUGAUUGUCGGCGGCGAGGCUCUGACAACCAGCAUCGUCCGUAAGUGGGCGCACCGGACGAACCUCAUGGUGACCUACGGCCCAAGUGAAUGCACAGUCUCGUGCAUGGGAAUCAGCCGGCUGGGUCCCAACACACCAGCUGGCAUCAUUGGGAAAGCCAUGGGCUCACGCACCUGGGUGGUGGAUACGGCCAACCCGCGGAACCUAGCUGUCGUAGGCACCGUCGGCGAGCUCUGGAUCGAGGGACCGUUGGUGGGCCGCGGAUAUAUAGAUACGACCAAGAAUCACAGCACCUUCUUCUUCGUACCACCGUUCCUACCCGAGCUGGACCCAAGCACUCAAGUCCGGGUAUAUUGCACCGGGGAUCUAGUGUGCUACCGGGAGGAUGGCGUCCUGCAGUUUAUCGGACGACGUGACAUGCAAGUCAAGAUCCGCGGACAGAAAGUCGAGCUAGACGAAAUCAAUAUUCAUUUGGCAAAAGCCUUGCCUGACGGAGCCAUAGGCUUGGCCGAUGCCGUCGAUGGUCUCCUCGUAGGCUUCAUCUGUUGGACGCAAGGAACCGAUCAGGAACAGGUGAUCCCGGAGAUCGAACAUUACAUGAGUCAGGUCUUGCCACGCUACAUGGUGCCGCGGUUGUUUGUGCCUAUUCCAAGUGUGCCGAGGACCACCUCAGGGAAGCUAGACCGAAAGGCCCUACGUGCGUAUCUGGUUGCCUUGCGGACUGCAACGGGACCUGUAUCCCAGGACUUGACAGAGAUCGAAACUAGCCUGGCGAGGCUCUGGCAAGAGGUAAUCAAGGACCCAGUCGGCGUUCUAGCGAGCGACUCCAGCUUCUUCCGUGCAGGAGGGGACUCUUUGGCUGCCAUGAGACUGGUGCAGGCCGCUCAAAACCACGGUAUAUCAAUCCGAGUUGAUGAGAUAUUCCAGUGGCCGAAGCUGAGUGACAUGGCUGAGCAUCUCCGUGUACAGGCCGGGUUACAAUAUAGGCCCAGGUUGCGACCAUUUGACUUGGCACCCACACCUAUUGAUCCAGUCUUCAGCUCACUCUCUGACGAAUACAACCUUGUCGAAGAACAGAUUCAAGACAUAUUCCCCGCAACCCCGAUACAAACUGCCAUGAUGGGCCUAUCCUUGCUGCAGCCAGGUGCAUAUAUCACACAAGCCCACUAUACGCUGCCUACUGGUGUCGAUGUCUCCCGGUUCAAGUGCGCGUGCGAGACAGUCUACAAUCUUAGUGGCAUUAUGAGGACUCGCCUAGUUCCAGACCAUGGGGCUGGUAUGAUUCAAGUGGUCUACAGAGAGGCUAUUCACUGGUACUCUUAUUCAGACUACGCCUCAUUACUCGAGGACUACCAACAGCUGCGGAUGGGCCUGGGGGAUCCUUUGGCCAGAUUCGCAAUCAUUCACAAUAUAGCAGAGAACAGAACCCAGUUGGUUCUAGCCAUGCACCACGCCAUCCUUGACGAUUGGUCGCGGGAUCGCUUCCUCCAUAUGGUAGAAGAUGAGUAUCACGAAAUCAAACACAAGGAUGAACGUCAAAUGAUCGGAAUGAAUGAAUGGGUAAACUACCUUCAAAAACAAGACAUAACCGCGGCCGAGAGAUUUUGGCAGACCAAGCUGCAGCAUACACCUGAGCAUGGGUUUCCUGUCUUGCCUGAUGCCCAAUACUCCCCAUUAUCCAAUGCUCAUAUGCGAUGGAAAAUGCCCGUCAAUCAGCAGUAUCGUCAAACUGACAUAACCUCAGCGAGCGUUGCGCGCGCCGCUUGGGCCUUGGUAGUUGCACAGGAGUCGAAAUCACCCAAUGCUGUGUUUGCCGUCACCUCGAAUGGUCGAGCCCUGCCGUUUCCCGGCGUCGAACUGGUGGAUGGCCCGACGGUGUUGACAACACCGGUGCUGAUCACGAUGAGACCUGAUGAGUCGCUGAGUUCUCUUCUAAAACGUGUCCAGCGUCAGACGGCAGAAAGCAUGCCGUUUGACCACCUAGGGAUGCAUAGAAUCAGUAAACUGUCACUCGCGUGUCAGCGAGCUACGCGUUGCCAGAGCAUUCUGGUCAUUCAGACCGCGGAGGACCCUCUCUUGAAUAGUGAUCUCUUCACACCAGACCACGCAGCCAAACUCACCCCUAUGACAUACGCCUUGACACUAAAGGUCAGGCUAGGGCAUGACAGCAUUGAGGUCCUUGCCCAGUACGACGAUCGAGUGCUCACUGCCGCUGAGGUACACCGGUUACUGUCCCGCUGGGAGAAUCUGAUGCAGUCCAGGAACGCCCCAAUCACGGACAUCAUAGGCCUCAAAGUGGGUGUCAACGACAAGGCCACCCGCUUAUCAGUCGUCCCCAGCAUGCCACAAACUGAGACGCAACAGAGAGACGCGCAAGCGUACUGGGGGCAACUAUUUGCUGGCACGCUGCCAGCCAAGUUCCCAUUGUUGACUGACGCCCAUUAUCGUCCCGUAUCGACUGGAGAGUUGCGGAUAAAUAUCCCCAUAGACUACGUUGUUGGGGACAUCUCACUUACCACAGUACUACGCGGGGUCUGGGGUCUGCUCAUGAGCCAAUACAGCAACUCGUUGGACGUCAUCUUCGGGAUGAUGCUACAGGGACAAACCGUGCCAGUGCGUCUCCAGCUAGACGAGGGAAAGCAGAGUCUACUACAGUUCUUUGACAGGAUUCAAAACGAGGCGAAGUCGAUGGAGCCUUUUAUGUACCUCGGGCUACAGAACAUUAGUGCUUUGUCGGACCAAGCUGCGGCUGCCUCUCAGUUUCAAAGUAUCUUGGCCAUCAUGGACGAUGACCGCGACAAUGGAGAGUACGGGUUGAAUGGGUCUUUGGCGCAAUACGCCUUGGCACUUAUCAUUAGACCCAGAACCCAGCACAUUGAGAUAUGUGCUCGUUUCGACCCCCACGUGUUGACUCCUACACAGACUCGCCGUCUCCUUGGCCAGUAUACCCACGGUCUUCAGCAGUGCUGGAAUGCUCAGUGGAAGCAGAUGGCCGUACAAGAUAUUACCUGGACAGGCUCGGAGGAUAUUCAAGUCAUCCAGAGCUGGAAUGCGAAGCAGGCGAGAGAGCCCAUGGCACAGAGUAUCCCCAGAAAGUUUGACGAGGUAACCGGACUCUAUCGAGAUAUGACUGCUAUUGACUCAUGGGAUGGUACUUUUACUUAUGCACGCCUCGAUCAAUAUUCCACGUCGUUGGCGCACGUGCUCCUAGAAAAGGGAGUCAAGUCAGAAACCGUGGUCGCCAUCUGUCUGCACAAAUCAAAAUGGGUUAUCGUCGCCAUGUUGGCAGUCCUUAAAGCCGGAGCAACCAUCAUCUUUCUCGAUCCCUCACAUCCCAUCAUUCGCUUGCAGGCUAUAUUGAAUUUGACUCAUGCCAACCUGAUUCUUGCCUCUCCCCACACUGGGGAAAAGAUCCGUGAUGGUGACAUUCCGGUCAUGGAUGUGAUUGACCCUGUGGCUGACCCUGCGUCAGCCAACGGCCAUUGCCUACCAGAUGUGUCACCUUCCAACGCUGCUUUUAUUGUGUCGACCUCUGGGACCACUGGAAAGCCCAAGGCAAUUGUACUGGAGCACGGUGCCGUCUGUGUGUCGGCAUUGUCCGUGGCCCAGACAGCCGGCAUUACCCCUGGUAUCCGAUUCUUCCAGUUUGCCAACUACACAUUUGAUGUGAGCUACGGUGAUAUGCUGGGAACAUUGCUCUAUGGAGGAUGUUUGUGUAUUCCAUCCGAGGAUGAGCGUAUGAGCGACCUUGCGGGCGCUAUAGCCCGCAGCCGGGCCAGCGUCAUCACCCUGACGCCAACCGUCGCAACCCUUCUUCGUCCCUCGGAGGUUCCCGAGCUACGCGCAAUGAUACUCGCCGGCGAAGCCAUCACAAGUAAUCUCAUCGAAAGCUGGGCCAAUCACGUUAACCUAAUUGUCCUGUAUGGUCCGGCCGAAGCUACCAUCUAUUCCACAGGUCAGGCACAUUUAUCCCGCAUUGAUCCAAGUGGUAUAAUCGGCCGUGCCCUUGGAUGUACAACAUGGGUGCUCGAUGUAACUCAUCGCGACGCAUGCGUGCUGGCACCGGUUGGUGCUGUCGGUGAGCUUGCUAUUGAAGGCUCUAUCGUGUCGCGUGGUUACCUUGAGGCCCCAGUUGAGACGCAGGCCUCCUUUGUCUCUGCUGUGAAUCUCAUGCCCGGCGCGCCAACAUCACAGCAUCGACUGUAUAGGACUGGCGAUCUGGUUCGAUACCUCGAAGAUGGUCGGUUACAGUUUAUUGGCCGCCGUGAUCAACAGGUGAAGUUUUAUGGACAGCGAAUUGCACCCGAAGCCAUCGAAUGCGAGAUCCAGCGAUUGCUUCCUGCCAAGGUACAGACGGCCGUGCUUGUCGUCGUACCUAGGGAUCAUGACCAGCCGCUUCUAGUCGCCACCAUCUAUAUCGAGCCCGAACACCCUGACCUUGGCACUCUACGGGUCCUGCGUGGUAGCCAGGCUCCCAAAGAGCUUGCGACUCUUAUCCCUGGGAUGGCCGAUCAACUGCGGGCAACCCUUCCUUCACACAUGGUCCCUAGCGUCUUCCUGCCCAUAUCGCACAUACCCUUGACGGGUUCUGGUAAGAUGGACUAUACCACGCUGCGGACAUGUUGUCAAGAUCUGAAACGAGGCGAACUGAUGGCGGUUUGGCCCCCUACUCCACCCAGGCAAUCAGAUGCAAUCCCGGAGCAACGUCUCCUUGCGACAGCUUGGGCUGAAGUCCUGGGCUGCGAUGAGGAGACAUUAGAUGCCAACAGCGACUUUGUCAAACUUGGCGGGAAUUCGCUACAUGCUAUCCUCUUGGUCACAGCCAUGGGCACCCGUGGGUUUCGGCUAAGCGUCAAGCAAAUAUUUGCGCACCCGCAGCUCGCUAGUAUGGCCUCUUUGGUAACUAAGCGCGAUGCCAAAAAGGACAGGGUCAAGCCGAAAGUCAUCAAACCGUUGUCUAUGUGCCCGAUUGACAUCGAGACGGUGAGGAAGGCCUUGGAAGAGCAGAGCGGAAAGCCCGCGGGGAUCAUAGAGGAUGUCUACCCAUGUAGCCCCUUACAGGCCGGCCUGAUGGCGUUGUCUCUGACAGAACCUCGGUCCUAUUUGGCUCAGUUCACUUACAAGCCGCCUAUUGGUACCAGCAUCACACAGUUUUGCGCGGCUUGGGAGACCGUAUUCCAGCGUAGCCCCAUGCUGCGCACUCAUAUCGUUUUACUUGAGGAAAUGCUGCAGGUUGUUGUGAAAGACCAAAUCUCCUGGCAGAUAAUUGACGACCUCGACCAGUAUCUGGCCGCAGAUUUAGACUCACCGACUGGUCUGGGACAGCCGCUGGUACGAUUUGCACUGAAAGGAGAUGCAGUUGUGUUUACUAUCCAUCACGCUCUUUACGACGGAUGGUCGUUGGCCUCGCUGUUGGACGAUGUGAGUAAGGUAUCCCGCGGUCUGGAUGCGAACCCACGUAUCCCCUAUAAUGUCUUCAUCCACCAUCUGCGGACAAUGGACCGCGCCGCCGCAAUCAAGUUCUGGUCGGAGCGCUUAGAAAAGGCUCCGGCGCCGGCCUUUCCCGUGAUCCCUUCGCCGGGUUAUCGUCCCUACGCGGACAAGAGAUAUGAGCUAACAACGAAGCUGCCACCACGAGAUUCAUCACCUAUAACGCAGGCAACUGUGUUACGCACUGCCUGGGCGCUCGUAAUGGCUCGGUACGCCUCCAUGACCGACGUGGUCUUCGGAAGUACUUUGAGCGGCCGGACACUGCCUAUUCGCGGCAUUGAAAAUAUCGAUGGGCCUACUAUUGCAACGGUACCCGUACGAGUGACUUUCAAAACGGACCAGACAGUCUACAGUCUUCUUGAAGCAGUGCAGCAAGACAGAAUAGAGACAAUACCCUUUGAGCAAUCAGGACUGCAAAACAUCAAGAAAGUGUCCGAAACAGCCCGCCAGGCAUGCGAUUUCCAGAGCAUGCUCGUCAUCCAGAACUACAACCCUGCCAACGAGGCAUCUGAGGCAUCUUCCCUGGAGCCCCAGCGUGCGCGUGUUCAUUUGUCGCACCUGCUUACUGUGGAUGUUACCCCAAUGGGCUCCGAGGUCGAGUUUAUUGCCCGCUUUGAUGGCGAGGUGUUGGAUAUGCAACAGGUGCGGCGUUUAUUAUAUCAGACGCAUCAUGUUAUUGCACAGCUGUGGAAUGUGGAUCCCAGAGCCACAGUUAAGGAUAUCGAAAUAUUAUCUCCUGGAGACCGCCAGGACAUUGCGCGGUGGAAUGACUAUCCUGUUGACGCCAUAGAGUCUGAUCUUCCGACACUAAUUGCUCAACGGACGUCUACACAGCCCACUUCACCCGCGGUCCGGGCUUGGGAUGGCGAGCUAACCUAUCGCGAACUGCACCAGCUCUCAGCUAACCUAGCGGGCCAUCUAAGAGACCUUGGAGUCCGUAAAGGCCAACCAAUACCGUUGUGCUUUGAGAAAUCGGCCUGGACAGUUGUCGCGAUGCUGGGAAUACUCAAGAUAGGGGCUACCGUGGUGCCCCUCGAUGCCAACCACCCAGUCGGCCGGAUUGUCACUAUUGUGCAGGCGGUCAAGGCAAGCUUGAUGGUAGCAUCUGCACUCCAGGCACCACGGUUCCAGGAUCAGGACUGGGACAUGGUGACGCUUUCGCCUGCAACGAUUCAGGCUUUCGAAUCUCCAACUCAGCCUUUACCUGCCAUUUCGCCCAGCGAUGUGGCACUCAUCAUGUUCACCUCGGGGUCAACUGGCGUCCCUAAAGGUAUUCUUAUGGACCAUGGUUGUUUGUGCUCCAGCAUCAUCACACAUUCCUCCAUCCUCAGCAUCCCGCCUCACAUUAAUGUCCUGCAGUAUUCCGCCUACACUUUUGACCACAGCAUCUUCGAGAUCUACACUACGUUGGUAACUGGGGGAUGUGUCUGCGUGCUCUCCGAUGAUGAACGGAUGAAUAGUCUGGUGGACAGCAUGCGCCGCAUGGAGAUCGACUGGGUUUACUUCACCCCAUCUAUCGCCAAGCUUAUCCACCUAGACGAUGUCCCGACGCUAUCCACACUCUACGUCGGUGGUGAACCUGUUCCACGGUCACUCAUUGACGAAUGGGCGACAGCCAAAACCAUGAUCAAUGCCUAUGGCCCUGCUGAGUGUUCAAUGGUGUCUUCGUGCGUUUUGGCACCGACCUCACCGGUGGGCACUAUCGGCCGACCCCAAGCUGGCCGCACUUGGAUCGUUGAACCCGACGACUACAACCGCCUCGCACCAGUCGGCGUGAUGGGCGAGAUGGUAUAUGAAGGACCCAUGGUGGCCCGUGGCUACCUACACGAUACUCCAUCCAGCGGCUUCAUUAAUCGACCCAAGUGGGCAUCUCCCGACACGCCCUUCCGAUUUUAUCGUACCGGUGACUUGGGCCGGUAUGAGUCUGACGGAAGUCUUGUAUUUGGGGGACGUAAGGAUACUCAGAUCAAGCUCCGUGGCCAGCGUGUAGAGCCGGGAGAAGUCGAGUCUCAGAUCCAAAAACUAUUGCCCGACAUUGCUCUUGCGGUGGAGGUCGUAGUCGCUGCCGAUGGUGAUGGAACACCGUCGCUGGCUGCCUUCCUCGUAGUAGUGGAUGAUGACUCUGGUGUUUCCCAGGAUCCAAUGGAUCUGAUUGACGUCUCACAUGAAGCCAAGCGCCGAAUUAGCAGCCUGAUCGCCGGACUCGAGGAAGCGCUGCUCCGAACUCUACCAGAGUAUAUGGUUCCAACAGUCUUUCUACCCCUGCGUAUGCUGCCGCUGACAACUUCUGGAAAAGUUGAUCGAAAGGUCCUUCGGCAGUUAGGCAAGCAAAUAACAGUCGCUCGCUUGGCAGCUUUGACCACGGCAGCUGAAUAUAGUCCGCCCCUGACUGAUGCUGAGGUCACUCUGCAGGACCUCUGGUCGGCUGUGUUGAACAUAGACAAGACAACCAUCAGCGCGGAAAACAGCUUUCUUCGGCUCGGAGGAGACUCCAUCACAGCUAUCCGACUUGUCCGCGCCACUCGCGAAGCUGGCUUUCGACUUGACGUUGAGCAAGUCUUCCAUUACCCAAUACUGCAUGAGAUGGCCAGCAAUAUGCGUCCAUUAAAUAUCGAUGAUGAGAGGUCAGCACCGCCUGUGGCUCCAUUCUCCUUGUUGAGCGGUCCCAUCGACACUUUGGUAGGGCAAGUUGCCCUCCAGUGCAACGUAGAGCCCAGUUCUAUCGAAGAUAUAUACCCAUGCACCGCCAUGCAGAGUGGGCUUAUGUUUCUGUCCGCUCGCGAACCAGGCACGUACAUUGCGCAGACUACAUACUGUCUCAACCAGCCAUUCUCCAAGUUCCGAGCGGCAUGGUCUGCUCUGGUUGCUUUAACUCCUUUGCUCCGCACUUGCAUUGUCCAGCACGAGUCUGACCAUCUACAAGUUGUGCUCAAAGACGCACCCGCUAUCAACACAGUGCAGAAGAUAGAUGCGCCGUUUCUGGAGACUGAAAGACAGCAGCUCACCAAGGGUCGGGUGCUAUCUCGUCUAGCAUUGUGUCAAUCACCUGAUGGUACCACUCGGGCCGUCUUCACACUGCACCAUGCCGUGUAUGAUGGCUGGUCACAAGCCCUGUUGAUCGACCGCCUACAAAACCUUCUCAAAGGGCGUCCAAUUGCCCCAUCAUCGUCCUUUACACGCUUUGUUUCUCACAUCCAAACCGCAUCGGCAUCGGACGGAGAGUUCUUCUGGAAGACACAGCUCGCAGAUGCGGUGCCAGUCUCAUUCCCACAAUUGCCAAUACUUGGGUACCCCUCAGAUUUCACCGAGUCUACAAGGAUCCGCGCGGCGUGGGCUCUGCUUGUUUCACGGUACCUUGAUCAGCGGCACGUCACGAUCGGCGUCACUGUCAACGGGCGAGGUGCUAGCAUCCCUGGUAUUGAUCGGAUCUUGGGACCAAUGCUUACUACCGUGCCUGUGACGAUCGACACCAGUCGAACUACUCAAGUUUCCGAGUACUUAUCCGCUAUCCAAAGGCAGGCGGUAGAGAUGCAGGCAUACGAGCAGUACGGGCUGCAGCAUAUCGCCGCCAUCAACGACAAGAUACGGGCUGUCUGCGACUUCCAUAGUCUCUUGGUGAUCCAUCAUAAGGGAUGGUCAGCGCCCCGGGAUCAGGCACAACCCUUCUGGAUACCUGAACGGGACUGCAUUAAGCGUCCGUUCCAUGCUUUUGCGCUGAGUAUGGAGUGUACUGUGCAGAGGGAUGGAGUCGCCGUCCACGCCACCUAUGACGAUGAGGUGAUUGAUCCUCGCGCUAUGAAGCGAAUCGUCUAUCAGUUUGAGCAUAUCCUGCAACAGCUGGGUACUCCUGAUGUGUUGUCAUCCGCUCUGGAUGACAUUGAACUUAUCAGUCCCGCUGACCAGGCCGAGUUAGCUGUCUGGAAUGCUGUCGUGCCGGCUCCAACUAUGGCUUGUAUCCAUCACUUGGUUGAGGACCAGAUAAAGCAGCGGCCCGAAGCGCCUGCCGUCGCCUCAUGGGAGGGUGGCUUCACCUUCCAACAGUUGGACACCUUUGCCUCGUCACUGGCCGAACAUCUACGAGAGACAAGCGAUAUAGGCCCCGGCGUCCUAGUACCCCUCCUCUUCGAGAAGUCCAUCUAUACCGUGGUGACUAUGCUGGCGGUGCUCAAGGCUGGCGGUGCCUGUGCAGCUCUGGAUCCAGCCCAUCCAACAGAGCGGUUGCGUGGUAUUCUGGAAGAUGUCCAAGCCACCGUGGUACUGGCCAGUACUUCUAACCUUGCCAAAGCGGUAGAACUACGACUUCCAGUAAUUGCUGUCGACCAAGUCCUGUUGGAUAAUCUGGUCACCGCCCCUUUGAAGCUCCCGCCAAGCACAGUGGGACCUGAAGAUCCUGCUAUUAUUCUUUUUACCUCAGGUAGUACUGGCAAGCCAAAGGGUAUCGUUAUCGAUCAUCGUGCCUUUGCUAGCAGCAUCCGCGGCCACAGCGAGACUCUGCGUUAUCGGGCUGGAUCUCGUAAUCUUCAGUUCACCGCGUAUACAUCGGAUGUUAGCUAUGGUGAAAUUUUCAGCUCGCUCUCUGCGGGUGCUUGUGUAUGCAUUCCGUCUGAAGAGGAACGCGUAAAUGAUCUCGCUGGUGCCAUGGAGCGACUGCGCGUUGACUGGGCCUUUCUGACGCCAAGUGUUGCCUCGAUAUUAGACCCGCAGACAGUACCGACACUACGGACGCUUGUGUUUGGCGGAGAGACGGCCACCGCUGAGAACAUCCAGACAUGGGCUGAUGCUGUUUAUCUGAUUAAUAGUUUUGGUCCAGCAGAGUGCUCGAUAUGGAACUGCUGUAACCCGGGCAUUAGCACACGCGAUAUUGGCUCCAAUAUCGGCAAAGGGCUCGGCUGCGCACAAUGGAUCGUCGACCCCAACGAUGAUACUCGCCUCGCUCCUAUUGGCACUGUAGGUGAGUUGGUCGUGGAAGGGCCUAAUGUGGCCAAGGGUUAUCUCCACCUCCCUGAGAAGACUAAGGCGGUUUUUAUCCCAAGCCCUCCAUGGGUGCCCGAAAGUCGCCAGUCGACAAGUCGGCUAUAUAAAACCGGCGAUCUGGCAACAUUCAUGCCUGAUGGAAAUGUCCAGUUCCUCGGCCGCCGUGAUGCACAGGUCAAGCUACAUGGCCAGCGUCUAGAGCUGGGAGAGGUCGAACACCAGUUGCGUCAAUAUCUUCCCAGCAACCUACCCGAAGUAGCCGCCGAGAUGGUCUGCCCAGCCGGCGGAGCACAACUUCUAGCAGCAUUUGUCAAUAUCCGGCCAGUUCUGACCGAUGAGUCGACAGGGGAUUCGGACCUGGCAAUGUCUGAUGCCGCGAUCGACUGGCUUGGGAGGCAUUUCUCGGGCUUAGAGGACGCAUUUGCGGAACGAUUGCCGCGAUUCAUGAUUCCUUCGCUGAUUGUGCCUCUGACUCGAAUGCCUUUGUCUGGUUCAGCUAAAACCGAUCGCGGGCGUCUGAGACAGAUUGUUCGGGAAAUGACUAGGGAUCAGAUCGCUCGGCUCCAUGCCUGCCGUAUAACCAGGCGCAUUGCUCCAACGACAGACCGCGAACGGCGGCUACAGCAGCUGUGGGCCAAGGUACUGGAUCUAGAACCGACAAGUAUUGGCCGAUCAGAUCAGUUCUUUCAUCUCGGGGGCAACUCUAUCCGCGCUAUACUACUCGUUACUCUAGCUCGCAAGGAAGGCUUCAGCCUAUCCGUCCAGGUUAUCUUCGACCAUGCGAAGCUUAGCGCUAUGGCAGCGGCUAUGAAUGAGUUUGAUAUAAGGUCUAUGGAGCCUGUACGCCCGUUUUCUCUAAUAUCGUCGAUAGAUGAUUUCGAUGGUUUGGGAGACGAUGCUGCUCAGCAAUGCGGCGUUUCUGAAUAUGAAAUUGUUGACCUGUAUCCAUGCACUCCCUUGCAGGCUGGCCUGAUGGCGCAGUCACUCAAACAGCCGGGUACAUAUAUAGGACACUUCGUCCGUCAGAUACCAGAAACCGUUGACAUCAACCGAUUUCGUGCUGCUUGGAUAGCAAUGGCCCGCCAGGAGAUACUCAUGCGCACGCGGAUAAUCCAGUCGGCUGUCGGACUAUUGCAAGCUGUUGUCAGCAGUGAUAUUGAUCCAGUCUGGCAUUCGUUGCUGACAAUUGAAGAUUUCACACAAAAGACAUCAGUCAUGGAGCUGGGCCAGCCACUUGUCCACUUUGGCGUUGUUGAAUCGGAGAGGGUCUUUCUGCUAACACUGCAUCAUGCCGUCUAUGAUGCGUGGACUCUAGACCUACUAUUUGAAGGUGUUCACGCUAUUUACGAACGCGGACAAGGAACGGAAAACCCUACAGACUUCCGUCACUUCGUCCAGCAUAUGCAGAGUCAAAGCCACGAGGAAGCUCGGAAUUUCUGGACCGAACAACUCGCUAGUACUCCUCUACCAUCGUUCCCUCGCCUGCCGUCAGGUCGCUACAUCCCUUCUACGGACUCAAUACUUACCUGUGACGUUUCUCUGCCGUCGUCAGGGAGCUCGGGGAUCCUAGCCUCUACCGUCAUCACUGCUAGCUGGGCCGUUGUGGUUGCUAGGCACUCCGAUGUCACCAACGAUGCCAUCUUCGGCGUGACCUAUAGCGGCCGGAGUGCUCCCGUAGCUGCUAUCGAGCGAAUAAUGGGGCCAACCAUUGCUACCGUACCCUUUCGGGUGCAAAUAGACGAAGACCAACUUGUGGAGAGCUUCUUGUCUGAUAUUCAGCGGCAAGCCACAGCCAUCAGCAAAUUUGAGCAGUAUGGGCUGCCAAACAUCAGAGGAAUCAGCGAGCAGGCGGUCGACUUCCAGUCAUUGCUAGUUAUUCAGGCCGCAACCAAUGUGCCGUCUGAGGCCUGGCUACCACCCGUCCAGAGGGAUCGUGGGCAACAGACAUUCCACAACUUUGCGCUGAGCGUGGAAUGCACUAUGAACGGUUCUCAGAUUUACGUUGUGUGUAACUACGACUCCAAUGUUAUUCCGGAGCGACAGCUACGCCGUCUCGUGAAUCAAUUCAAGCACGUCAUACAGCAGCUGGCUGUUCCUCAAACAAACCAGCGGUUGCACGAGAUCCAAGUGGUAAGCCCUGAGGACCUGGCUGAGAUUGAGCAGUGGAAUUUCGAUGUACCUGAGCACGACAACCACCUCGUCCAUCAUCUGGUACAUGAAACGGCUAGCAAACAGCCCGCAGCACCCGCCAUUGUAUCGUGGGACCGCAACUUUACCUACACGCAGCUCAAUGAGACGGCUGGGGCACUGGCUAACGCUCUGGUGGCCAGUGGUGUCACUGUGGGCCAACGGGUACCGUUUCUGUUCGAAAAGGGCUCGUGGGCUAUCGUUGCCAUGCUGGCCAUCCUUAAGGCCGGCGCAGCCUGUGUUGCUCUUGACCCGGAGCAGCCCUCUGCUCAUCUCCGCGAUAUAAUCUCCCAAGUUAGGGCCAAGACUUUGCUUACUAGUGACAUUCAAUACAAUGUUGCUGAGCAUCUUGAAAAUAAUGGUUCCUUGAACAUAAUCCCUGUGGGAUCUGUUCAUCGGACCAGUUGGGAGGCAUUUCCAUGUGUCUCACCCUGCAAAGCCACGCCUCAAGAUGGAGCAUUCGUCAUGUUCAACCCUGACAGCACCGGGACGCCACAGGGUACCAUCAUCCAUCAUGAAGCCUUUUGCAGCAGUAUCCGUGGUCAUGGCGAGGUGCUGCGCUUCUAUCGUGGACCGGCUUCUCGAAACCUCCAGUUCGCAGCAUAUACAUCUUCUGUGAGCAUUGGGGAGAUAUUCACCUCACUUGCACUUGGGGCGUGUGUAUGUGUGCCUUCAGACGAGGAGCGGACACAGAACUUAGUAGGCGCCAUAGAACGAAUGACGGUUGACUGGGCUUUCCUAACACCCAGCAUCGCAUCUAUCCUGUUGCCAGCUGCUGUGCCAACAAUACGCACUUUGGUCCUUGGCGGAGAGGUAGCAUCUAGAAAGGUCAUUGAGGAUUGGGCUGAUUCUGUCUAUUUAAUCAACAGCUUUGGGCAUGUUGAGUGCUCUGUCUGGACUCACUGUGCCCCGGGAAUCCCGACUAGUCACGACGGGUCCAAUAUAGGACAUCAGAUGCACUGUCGAACCUGGAUCACAGAUCCAGGAGAUUCUCGUCGCAUGGCUCCAAUCGGCGCCAUUGGCGAGAUGCUCAUCGAAGGUCCGAAUAUCGCACACGGCUAUCUCGACCAAGAUGCAACCAAGGCCCAUUUCAUUACUAUCAACCAGUCAGGUAAGACGAAACGCGUGCUCUACAGAACCGGCGACCUUGCCCGCUACAUGCCAGAUGGCUCGGUGCAGUUACUGGGCCAGCGGGAUAUGCAGGCUAAAAUACGCGGCCAACGCAUCGACCUAGCUGAGACUGAACAAGAGUUGCGUAAGCAACUCCCCGUCCUGCGUGAGAUUACCGUUAUGAUGGUCCGACUGGGCAGUGAGGGAUCGCCUCUGACUCUGGCCACCUUCUUUAAUAUCUCCUCUUAUAUGGGAUUCCCAGCGUCGACAAACCAGAUAUCUUCCACAAAGGCUGUCGUGGCUAACAGUCCUGCGGCUCGACAAUCCACAGCGAUCCUACUUGAGGGGCUCGCAGAGAGGCUGGGACACGUCCUACCAGUGUAUAUGAUUCCUUCGGUGUAUAUUCCAGUAUGGGCAAUGCCUCUGUCUUCGUCAGCCAAGGUUGAUCGAGAACAACUGCAGACACUGGCCCUGAAACUGUCUGCCGAGGAGGUUGCCUCGUUCGCCCUUAUCCCCUCAGCUAAACCUAGUCAGGCGCUAUCGACACCCCGCGAGAAGCUGCUAGCCCGCUUGUGGGUGGACGUCCUUGGCAUCGAUAGUGUCUCAGCCGACGAUCAUUUUGUGAGUCGUGGCGGCGACUCUCUGACUGCCAUGCGGCUGGUUCGUGAUGCCCAGAGAAACGGAUUGACGCUGUCAGUAGCCACUAUAUUCCAGUAUCCCAUUCUUAGUGAUAUGGCAGUCGCCACUAAGAACCUAGCUCCGGAAAAUGGCACAUCUGCUAACACGUUGUUGGACCAUGAUGUCCCGCCUCCUUUUUCCCUGGUUCCUCCAGAGACCAAGGAUGUGCCCAAGUUGGUAGCAGAGGUCGCGAAGCUUUUGCAGGUGGAUGAUGUAACUAUCCAAGAUGUGCUGCCAUGCUCUCCGUUACAAGAGGGCCUGAUUGCUUUGUCUUUGCAACGACCUGGAAGCUACAUGGCGCAGUUUGUAUAUGAUAUCCCUGCGGCAAUCGACUCAGCACGUCUCCAGGACGCCUGGCAGAUGGUGAUCAACUCUAGUAACAUUCUACGCACCCGCAUAAUUCACUUGGUCAGCUCAACUCGCCUGAUGCAAGUUGUCCUGAAACCCACCGCUGUUGCUUGGGAGCAGGCGUCGGACCUGGAUACUUAUCUUGCCAAGAACCAGCACACAGCUAUGAGAAUAGGGGACCCUCUUGUCCGGAUCGCUCUAAUAUCCAAUUCUAGCAAAUUCAACCUUGUGCUCACUAUGCAUCAUGCAAUCUACGACGAGCAGUCCCUACAGCUCCUGUGGGCAUCAGUCAAGAGCGCCUACCGCGGACUCGUCCUGCCUCGCCGUCUUCCCUUCUCAUGCUUCAUCCGUCACGUUCAAGAUAGAGAUACAGAUACGGGAUCAGCCGCGGCCUUUUGGAAGGCACAAUUGGACGGCGCUCCGGCUCCAUCGUUCCCAACCCUCCCUACCACGGCAACCAUCUUCCAUGCCUGUCCAGAUAAGCAACUUCAGGCGACCAUGUCACUCACCCGCCUAAACAACACUCACAUCACUGCGGCUGGACUUAUCCGCGCCGCCUAUGCACUAUGGCUGGCGCUCCACACGGCCAGUGACGAUGUCGUUUUUGGAACCACCAUGAGCGGGCGUACAGCCCCACUACCCGGUAUUGAUGUUAUUGACGGCCCGACCAUUGCGACCGUUCCCGUGCGGGUGCUUUGUAGCCGAGAUCAAACAGUAGGCGACUAUUUACAGCAAAUUCAGCAGCAGGCCGCCGAUAUGCUCUCUUUUGAGCAGACGGGUCUGCAGAAUAUCGGCCUCAUUAACGCCAGCGCACAGACGGCGUGUAAUUUCCGUACACUCCUCGUCAUCCAAGCGGUGCCGGACUCCGGAGCAUCCAGGGUGACAAAGCCGGAGGCCGAGCUGGACUGCCCACUUCUUCCCGGUGGCACUGUUAACGCGGUAUUCCACACUCUUCCGCUUAUUCUUGGGUGCUCACUACUGCCAGACGGCCGAGUCCGUCUCGAGCUGCUUUACGAUUCACGCGUUCUGAGCCCUAUGGACUCAAAGCGAAUGCUACAUCAAUUCCAGCACCUUCUACUGCAGCUGGCCAACUCCCAGCCUGACCUAGCUCUGGGCGAGGUAGCUGCUCUUCCUCCAAGUGAGGUUGCAAUGGUUCGCCAGUGGAACAGUCGCCCUCUAUCCGCACUGCCAGCCUGUGUAUAUACGCAAUUGGCCAAGAUCGCCCAGAGACAGCCUGGCCGCCAAGCAGUAACGGCAUAUGAUGGCCAAUAUACCUACUGCGAGCUACUCGGUCAAGCAUCUCUCGUAGCCCGUCGUCUAAUUGAAGGUGGCAUUGAUGCCGGAACAUUGGUGCCUAUUUGCUUCGAACGCUCAUCAUGGGCGAUAGUGGCAAUGCUCGGUGUGUGGAUGGCGGGUGCUGCCUUUGUCCCUCUGGAUCCUUUGCAGCCAGCCAGUCGUCUCGAGGAUAUUAUCACACAGUCAGCAGCUCCGCUUGCCCUUGUUAGCGCUACUUCACGGUUUAUUAUUGAGCCUUUGUUACCUGUGUUGGAGCUCUCCGCCGUUGCGUUGAAUAGGGAGCAGACACUUGCAUCUACAAAGAACCCUGAACUGCGACCUACUAACCCUCUCGCCCCAGCAUACGUUCUAUUUACAUCCGGUAGCACCGGGCGGGCCAAGGGGGUCGUUAUCGACCAUCAGACACUGUACACCAGUGUUGAAGGCCACCUAGAGCCGCUACAGCUGGGCCCAGACACACGCUUUCUGCAGUUCGCUACGUACACGUUUGACAUUUCUAUCGCUGAGAUAUUCGACGCUCUUCUUGCUGGAGGGUGCGUAUGUGUGCCUUCGCCUGAUAUUAAGCUCGUUGGCGAGGCAAUGGAGGCGAUGCAAGUAAAUACAGCUUGCUUUACACCGUCGGUUAUACAGCAUCUCCGCCCAGAAGAGGUGCCUAGCCUGCGAACUUUGAUCCUUGGUGGCGAGGCAAUUCGCCCAGAACAUGUCGACACUUGGGCCAGCCAUGUGACACUGUUUAAUGGAUACGGGCUUACCGAGACAUGUAUCCUAGCUACUCUGCAACGUAUCACAUCACGGGCUUCAGCGGCUACAAAGACCGCCACAUGCAACAGUAGCAUCGGUACCGCUGUUGGAUGUCAUGCAUGGAUUGUCAACCCAGAUAAUCAUCACCAACUGCUACCGCUAGGUGCUAUCGGCGAGCUCCUCAUCAGCGGUCCUAUUCUGGCGCGUGGUUAUCUUAAUGACCCUAGUCGCACCGCUGCUGCCUUUGUCUCUGUGCCAGAGCUUGGGUCUGGGCGCUUUUUGAAGACCGGCGAUCUUGUUCAAUAUGGCCCGGAGGGCUCGAUCCGGUACAUCGGCCGCAAAGAUAAUGUCAUCAAGCUGCGGGGACAGCGAAUCGACCUUGGCGAGGUCGAAUUCCGGGUGAAGGAAGCAUUUCCGAAUGUAUCCAGUUUGGCCGUUGUGCUGGCUAAGCGCCGUGACACGCCGUCAUUGGCAGUGUUCUUCUGCCCCAGAUUACCAGGGGAAGAGGCAACCACUGAAAGGAACAUCACACUAGGCACACUAACCCCUGAGCAAAUUGUCGACUGCCAGUCUGCACAAGCUACUGUAGCUCGCUACUUACCCUCCGUUAUGGUGCCAUCCCUAUGGAUUCCUGUCAACAAUAUGCCGCUCACGGGGGCAGGGAAGCUGUUUAGUAGGCAUCUGCAGCAAAUGCUGGACAAUGCAUCUGAAGAUCUCCAACAUCACUACGCCCUCGCUCACAUCAAACAGACAGAAGGGCUGAACCCUACAACUCCGAUAGAGCAGUCACUACAGGUCAUAUGGGCGGAGACUCUGGGCCUAGAUCGAGCCAGAAUCGGUCCAAACGACUCGUUCUUCCGCCUUGGAGGAGACUCACUAUCUGCUAUCCGACUCGUCGCCAUAGCCGAAGCCAGAGGCUUAAAUUUAAGCGUUCAAGGAGCUUUUAACAACCCGACACUUGUUGAAAUGGCACAGAUUACUAGCUAUCGAGGUGAUGUUCGUGUGGAAGACGAAGUUGCGCCGUUCUCGCUUAUACAUUCUCCGACAGCGGCACUUAGAGAAGCAUGCCGCCAGUGCGGCGUGGCUAAAGAUGAGAUUGUUGAUAUAUAUCCCUCAACACAUCUUCAAGAUGGCCUUAUGGUCCUAUCUAUCAAGCAACCCGGCACAUACAUUGCAAGCUUCGCGUUCACCCUCCCGGACUCUCUAGACUUGUCGCGGUACCGCGCCAGUUGGAACAAAGUCGUCGCACAGCUUCCCAUUCUGCGAACACGCAUAGCCUACACUACAGACAGUGGGUUCCAGCAGGUCGUCUUGAGCACCGAAAUGCGCUGGACGGAAUACAAAACGGAUACUCUGCAGAGCGCCUUGACUAGAGAACGAAAUAUGAUGAGGACCGCCAUCGGGCAGCCACUAAGUCAGUAUGCUAUAAUCCAAAACCCGGGUGGGGAACGCGUCUUUGUCUGGACUGCCCAUCACUCCAUCUAUGAUGGGCGGACAGUAGCCGAAGUCAUUGCUACAGUUGAGCAGACCUAUUUUGACUUGGCCAACAAUACCACGGCCGAAUCUUUGCCAGAUGGUGCUGUGCCCGCCGUGCCCUUCAAUCGCUUUAUCCGAUAUCUUGGCGAGCAAAACUCAGAUCAAGUAGCUGAAUACUGGCGGGAGCACCUCGCCGGCGUUCCCUCGCCGACAUUCCCGGCGCUGCCCGCGAUCGAUUACCAACCAGUAGCCAACGCCGCUGUAGACCACCUUAUAAUCCUAGGGUCGUCACAGCGGGCAUCGGAGGGAAACGUCACUAUGGCCACCAAGCUCCGAGCAACCUGGGGUCUACUGCUAAGCCUAUAUGAGAAUUCCCAUGAUGUCAGCUUCGGCACUACACUCAGCGGUCGCAACUCAGGUAUCACUGGCAUCAAUUCUAUUAUGGGUCCUACCAUAGCCACAGUUCCCAUUCGCAUCCAAGUGCCCGAUCUUACAUUACCUAUUGGGCGGUGGCUUGAGACAGUCCAGCAACAAGCGGUCGAGAUGAUCCCCUUCGAACAGGUUGGCCUACAGACAAUCCGCAAGUUGCAUAAUGACGCCCGCGCUGCUGUAGAUUUCCGGACCUUGUUUCUCGUGCAGAACAUGCGCUUCGGCAAUACUGAACAUCAGAGCCGCUUAGGUCUGGAGCAACUGGCCGGUCAGUCGGGCUCUUUCUAUACCUAUCCACUUGUCGUCACCUGCACGUUACACCAAGACGGCAAUGUACUCAUAGCAGCAAGCUUUGACGAUAGCUUGUUGGAAAGCCGUUGUGUUGAGCGCCUUGUUGACCAGUUCGCCAAUCUCUUGCGCCAGCUCCACCAAGCACCUUUUCAGUCACCGUUAUCAGAGCUCAAUAUGCUGCCUGAGUUUGACGCACAGCAGAUUUCUCUGUGGAAUUCCACUUUGAUUCCCGUUGUGGAUGGCCUCGUUCAUCAGGAAAUCCACAGUAUGGUCCAACACCAGCCUGAGCGACCCGCAGUUACUGCUUGGGAUGGAAGCCUGAGUUACGCUGAGUUGGAGUCAGAGGCGAUGCGUUUCGCUACAUAUCUGAACCAGAGAUAUGACAUUAGCCCUGAAGACAAGGUACCCUUUUGUUUUGAUAAGUCUAGGUGGGCAGUUGUUGCUAUGCUUGGCAUCCUUCAAGCCGGCGGCGUCGUCGUUGCCCUUGAUCCCUCUCAUCCUUCAAAGCAUCACAGCCAGAUUCUGGGUCAAGUGAAGCCCAAAGCCAUUGUCACCACACCAGCUCAUGCCGCGUUAUUCCAAAACCACAGCCUCAUUAUCCUAUCCCACAAUGGUGAUGAGCUGCAAAUUAUGCCACCAAUAGAUACGGCCACCAUGAGGAGCGGCAAUACCGAAAGGGUUCGAACCGACAACGCUGCUUUCAUCGUCUUCACGUCUGGUACUACUGGGACCCCUAAGGGCAUUGUCCUCGAACACCGAGCAGUGUGUACCUCAGCCCGUGCCCACGGCCAGCUCUUGAAGGUUACCCCAACUUCACGGGUGCUUCAAUUCGCUGCUCACGUCUUUGAUGUCAUGGUCUCCGAUAUCUUUACCACACUGACUCAUGGUGGUUGUGUCUGUAUCCCCUCAGAGCAUGAUAGACUGAACAAUCUCGUCGCGGCCAUUAACUCCCUAAAUGCCACCCAAGCCUAUCUAACCACCACUGUGGCAUCUCAAUUACAUCCAGACCAGGUCCCGGGUCUAGAGGUGCUCUCCGUUGGUGGUGAACGCGUCACUGAGCAUGUCGUACGCACCUGGGUAGCCCGCACCUACUUGAUCAACAUGUAUGGCCCAGCCGAAUGCACCAUCUGGUGCGCGGGCACACAUGUCGUUGGGGCUGAUGCACAGCCCAGUGAUUUUGGACACGGCAUUGGCGCCCGCCUCUGGCUGGUUAACCCGGCUGACCAUCGCCUUCUUGUUCCGAUUGGUACUGUUGGGGAGAUUCUUGUUGAUGGGCCUAUCCUGGCACGUGGAUAUCUUGAUAUGCCUGAUCAGACUACCUCCAGUUUCAUCCAAGAUGCCCCCUGGCUGCGCCACGGCCGCCGAGCGUACAAGACUGGCGAUCUGGGCCGAUACACCGCCGACGGCACAAUAGAAUAUCUCGCCCGCCAGGACGGGCAGAUCAAGCUCCACGGCCAGCGUAUAGAGCUUGAUGCCAUAGGGCACCACCUGCGUGCCUGUCUCCCCAACGACUAUCCCGUGGCCGCCGAGGUACUCUCGUUGUACGGUAACCCAGUUCUUGUGGGAUUUGUGGCCUUGGGUCAGUCAGCCGGCCCGGUACAAAUUCUUCGGAAUCCAGAUUCCGUGGGCAAGUUGAACCAACUACUUUCCACUAUCUCUGAUGAUCUUGCCGCAAAGUUGCCGCAUUCCAUGGUCCCCCAUAUCUUCCUCCCCAUUAACAACAUCCCCCUGACCCUCGCCGGUAAGAUCAAUCGGCGAGCCCUGCAGGCGCUGGGCAGCGAGCUGUCAGCUGAUGACGUGCACUCUCUGAGCCCCCAGUGGGCGGCCAAACAACCCCCGGCCACGACCACAGAAAAGACUCUGCAGGGUCUAUGGGCAUCCAUUCUUCCGCUCGAGCUUGAGUCUAUCGGCCGUAAUGACAGUUUUCUGCGACUCGGUGGUGACUCGAUGGCGGCCAUGCGUCUAGUGGCAGCGGCUCGAGAGUUGAGCUUAUACCUCACCGUUGCCGAUGUGUUUGAUCGCCCCAUCUUAUUCGAAAUGGCACAGAAUAUCAUCCCUAUGAAUGAUGCAGAGAGCCAGCAUCUGCCACCUUUUGCCCUGGCGGCGGCAGGAGAUGAUCUUGACACCCUUCGCAAAGAGCUUGCACAGCUAUGCCAGAUACCUUCGAGUCGAGUCCAAAACAUCUAUCCGUGCACACCGCUGCAACGUACCUACAUUGAGCUUUCCACUUGCAGCCCUGGCAUCACCACGCUGCAGAAUACCUAUAUAAUACCGCCAUCAGUCGAUAUAGACCGUCUUCGUCAAGCUUGGGAACAAGUCGUGGCCGCCAACUCUUUGCUCCGCACCCGCAUCGUCUACGAUCCUAAAGCUACUACCGUAUGGCAGGUAGUUCUGGAUGAAUUGCCAACUUGGCGCACAUCCACCAGUCUGGAAGCUUAUUAUGCACAAGAAGUGGCUGAGCCUAUGGGUUCCGGCUGCCCACUUAGUCGCUGUGCCAUCAUAGACGGACAUUAUUUUGUCUGGACAUGCAACCACGCUAUCUACGAUGCCUGGUCUGUAGGUCUAGUAAUGGGUCAACUCGAGCAAGCAUAUCAAGGGCUGGCACUUAGUCCUGAGGCACCUUUUGCACACUUCAUCAAGCAUAUACUGGCAGUAGACCGAACGGCAGCCGACGUCUUCUGGCAGAAAACACUAGACAACUGCCAGGCUCGGCCCUUAUGUCAACAAAGUUCCACCCAGGUAGACUCACUCUUAGUACUAGAGAUGGUGCUGCCAAUGCGCUCUCACGCCACGGAGAUCACAAUGUCAACUAUCACUCAGGUAGCGUGGGCUAUUGUGUUAGCGCGCGAGACUGCCAGGCGCGAUGUUGUGCUCGGCCUCACGGUCACCGGCCGCGACACACCCAUCACAGGCAUCGAACGCAUGACAGGGCCAACCAUCGCUACCAUCCCGCUGCGAAUAACUGUUCACGAAAAACAGUCGUUAGAUAGUCUCUUACGAGCAACCCAAACACUGACGAAGGCGGUCAUUCCAUUCCAGCAUGUAGGGAUGCCGCAUAUUCGCAACAUCAGUAGAGAGACUGCGCAGGCGUGCGAUGCCACAGUCCCAAUCGUCAUCAACGCAAGCAACCAUCACAAGGAGGCUUUGGGUUCAGCAAUCGGCCUUGAACGAUCGCAGCGCACGCCCUUGGCUGAAAGUCCGUUGCCCUUCUUUAUUGACUGCUCGGCGAGUAAGGACACUCUGGAUGUGUAUAUCACCUUUGACAGCCGCGUUUUCCCUCGCGCUCGUGCGCAGAACAUGCUAUCUCGGUUUAGAUAUGUAUUAUGUCAGUUAUGCGUCGAUCCUGCUGGGAAGACUGUUGCCGAUCUUCGCAUGGAGGACAGGAUGAGCUUUGAUGCUCGGACUAAGACGUCGGUUUCAAUGGUGAAAGGAAGUGAGUAG